GUUUUAUCUACUCGACUGUUAUUCACCGUGAGGUUAUUUAUAUCGGCUGUUUAUUAUGUUUUGCUAUCAAAACGUCUAAAGUAUUGAAGAAACUACUCCAAUUCUCAAGAUAUAAUUAUAUAGUAAUAGCAAAAUGGCUGCUCUUUUAAAAAAGCGUGCCUUAGCUGAAUACAAUAAAUCAUUUCAGGAUGGUCCUCCAUCAAAAAAGUUACAUUUGGUCAAAAAGCCAUUGAUAGGUAGUUCAGCUGCUGCAUUUGUCGGACUUCUGGAGAAGUGCAAGUCAAGUGAUGAAGCUUUACAGUUGCUGCUACGCAUUUCCGACUGCCUCCAAUUCCAAGAAUCAGAUGUUGAGGAAGCUAUCAAGAAGUUGUCUGAGCAUUUUCAAUCAGAAGAAGAGUCUGUAGUCAGAGUAAAGAUAUUGUGGUUGUUCUGUGACAUUGGUUUGGAAUGCCCCGGUGCUAAUUUAAACAAUCUGAUUGAUGAAACAAUACAUUUGAUUAAGAAUGAGACAUCUCACAAGGUGAUUGCUCAAGGCAUAGCAACAUUAUUAAAACUUGGUAACAAGUUCCCUGAUGAUAAAAUAUUAAUGACUCGGCUGGUCGGAGUUGCAAAGGACAAUUUGAAAGAUACAAGUCAUCAGGUGAAGUGUCGGUGUUUGCAGCUCAUCAGUGAACUGUAUCCUAUAUACCCUGAGUCUGAUAGGACUUUGGAGAUGGUUGCUGAAUCUGAUGCUAUUGUCAAGUUACUAGGAGACUAUUCUUAUGCUGAGGAUGCAAGGGUACGUUGUGAGGCAUUCCAGUCGCUUCUAACAUUGAAUGACAGGGGCCAAACACUCAGUGCAAAUUUAUAUGAUCAAGUUUGUAUUGCACUAUCUGAUGACUAUGAGAUAGUUAGGGAAGUGGCUUUGAAACUAGUAUGGGUGCUUGGAAAUAAAUAUCCUGAGAACACUGUACUUCUUCAAGAUGGUGAGACAUCUAUGCGCUUAGUUGAUGACGCAUUUGUCCGCAUCUGUUCUGCUGUAAAUGAUUUGUGUAUGCAAGUGCGGGCGCUUGCUUGUACCCUACUGGGUACUACGCGAGGUGUCUCCGAUCGCUUUUUAUUACAAACCCUCGAUAAGCAGCUUAUGAGUAAUAUGAAGAAAAAGCGCACGGCACACGAGCGCGGCGCGGAGCUGGUGCGGUCGGGCGCCUGGGCGAGCGGGCGGCGCUGGGCCGACGACGCGCCCGGCGCCCUCGUGCACUCGGACCACGUGCAGCUGCUGCCCGGCGGCGCCGCCGGGGCCUUCGUGCACGGCCUCGAGGACGAGCUCAUGGAGGUCCGCACCGCAGCAGUGGACGCUGUGUGCCAGCUAUCAAUGGAGAACUCCAUAUUCGCGACGACAUCGCUCGACUUCCUUGUGGACAUGUUCAAUGACGAGAUCGAGGAUGUGCGCCUGCGGGCUAUCGACAGCCUCACCAAGAUGGCGCACCACAUCGUACUCAGGGAGGACCAGCUCGAGAUUAUAUUGAGUGCUCUGGAGGAUUACUCUAUGGACGUCAGGGAAGGACUCCACAGAAUGUUAGGUUCGUGUACAGUUGCAUCCAAGACUUGUCUCGAGAUGUGUAUUGACAAAAUAUUGGAAAAUCUCAAGAGAUAUCCGCAGGACAAGCGGUCGACGUUCCGGUGCGCGCAGCGUCUGGGCAGCUCGCACGCGACGCUGGUGUUGCCGCUGGCGCCGCGCCUGCUGGCCGUGCAUCCGUUCUUCGACAUGCCCGAGCCGGACGUCGAGGACCCUGCCUACAUGUGCGUGUUAAUACUGACUUUGAACGCGGCGCAGCACUGCACUACAAUGUUGCCAUUAUUCGAGGAGCACACCGUCAAACAUUACACCUACCUGCGGGACACCAUGCCGCAUCUCGUGCCACAUUUGCCCAUUGGUGAAGCGCAACUAGGCGCUGAGAAAAUAGAGGCUGCAAUGGACGACAGCGCGGUGAGACGUUUUUUCGAAUCUGUGCUGCAGCAUAUUGACAACACCACACUGUCAACUAACGUGCGCCUCAAGAUGUUACGGUCCGCCGAGGAUCAACUCAACAAGCUGUCGGAGGUGGAGCCGCAGGUGUCGGGCGCGGCGCAGUUCACGGCGCUGUUCGCGCGCUGCGCCCGCGCGCUGCACGCCGCGCUGCACGCCGCGCCGCGCGCCGCGCCGCCGCCGCCCGCGCUCUCUCAACUGCACAAGGACUGUCUACGGCUUCAGCAUCAAUUCAGCGGCGUGACAGAGCAGGAGAACGCGUGCGUGUGGCAGCUGGCGCUGCGCGUGUGUGCGGCGCGGCUGCACGCGGCCGCCACCGCCGCCCCCGCGCCCCCCGCGCCCGCCGCCCCGCCCGCGCCCGCCGCCGCCGGCCCCGCGCCCGCCGCCCUCUCCGCCGCCGCCGCCCUCACGCACCACGCGGAGCUCCUCGACCGGAUGCUAGCCUCUGCAGGCGUGGAGCCGGACCCGUUCACGAUAGCAGUGUUCCAGCAGCUGUCGAUGAGCGCCGACAACAAGCCGGCGGCCCUCGCGCGCGCUCUCAUGCCGCUACUGCUCGCAGCGCCGCUGCCAUUAAUACCCAGGCCCAGUCUUAAGAUCCGUAUGUGUACCGCGACGAUAAUUGAGCCGGCGAGCGACAACGACACCGUGCUGCGGUUCAGUGCCGGGCUAGUGACCAGCGUGGCGCUCGAAGCGGAGGUGGUGCGAGUGCGCGAGCCGGGCGCACUGCGCGUACGAGUCGCAUACCCCGACCGUCGCCACCACGCGCUGGUGCCGCCGCGCGACCACCUGCGGCCGCUCGACCAUCUCGACCACAACGACGACGGCACCCAUAACGUGCGCCUGCUGACCAAGGUGUUGAUCUCGCACGGCGUGUGGACGGACCCGUGCGGCGUGGACAUCACGGUGUGUCUCGCAGUCGACGACGCCGUCGGCAGUGCCCGCGACCAAGCUCCGCUCGUAGAACUCAGCCGCCCCGUGCGAGUCACCGUCGCACCCAAAAUGAUCAAACGCGGCAUAUAAUACAACUACCUGUGUCUGUUUCGCCCGCGUGAAAUUUGUAGAUAUAUAAGCUAUAUUAUUUUAAAGCUACAAUAAAAUCCAUUCAGUAUUUUUGGCGUGAGAGUAACAAACAGCCAUACUUACAUCCACACUCACAAAUUUUCACGCUU